AUGGCGCUCUGCGGUGGUAGCCGCACCAAGAGCAAGGCAAGGGAACACGAUGACCAGAGGAAGGUGCACGACUUCAAGUAUGGCGGCCCUGCGGUCACGGGGGACUGCUACCCCCUCUUUGAAGACGGCCGAUGCUACCGGGUGGAGGUGGACAGGCACAAGUGGUUCCUCUACAACGACUCGCUGGACAUGGAGAUGCACGUCAGCUUCACCUUCCAAAAAACGACGGCCGUUUACAAAACAGAGCAUGGCCGGACGACGGUGAGGAAGACGCCCACCGGGGGGACACAGUGCUCCGUCGUCGUCUACCCGCUGGAGACGCUGCCGUACGUGAAGGUCACCAAGAGGACGCAGAUCUUAUACAGCGCCGCGUGCGUGUCGCGCGACUUGGCCCCGGGCUACAUUGAGAAGGUUAACCGCGAGGCGAAGGCGAAGUGCAUGCACGAGACGCAAAAGGUGGCCGGCGUGGCUGGGGUGAGCCACAACGAGGAGGAAAUCCUGUGCAGGUGCCGGAAGAGCAAGAUCCUAUACAUCGACAUGGGCUUCCCCCCAUCCGAGGCGGCUCUGAAGCGACCUCACGACAAGCAGAGCGUGGCAAGCAUGCACGCCAUCGCGUGGAGACGGCCGCAGGACUACCUACCGGCGAUAGCGCACGAGGAGAUCAAGCUGUUCCGUCACGGCGUGAGCGCUGCCGGCAUUGGGCAGGGUCACCUCGGCGACUGCUGGCUCAUGUGCUCGAUCGCGGUCGUGGCGGAGAGCACGACGAUGGUGAAGGACAUCUUUCGCCACCCCGUCUCCCAGUCGAGGCGAGAGAAAGAGGAGCGGGCGGGCGGCUACCGCGUGUGCAUCAGUAAGAACGGCUGGUUCCACCACAUCAUUGUCGACAGCUACCUGCCGACGUACAACGGGGUCGUUUACUUUGCCCGCUCCACCGGUGACCCGUACGAGCUGUGGGUGUCGCUGCUGGAGAAGGCGUAUGCCAAGCUGCACGGCUCGUACGCGUCCAUUGUCGGCGGCAAUCCUCUGCACGCCCUGCAGGAUUUGACGGGGUUUCCGGUGUACUCCUUCACAAAUACGUGGAGGGCAGCGGCGAAUGAGGAGGCGGUCGCAUCUCAGUUUUUCAAGGACCUGCUGCGCUACCGCAAGAAUGGCUACCUCAUCUCGAUCAGCACUCCAGGCACGGACACGAGCGCGUACAACGCUGGUAGCGGGAAUGCGAACGAGGCAUCACUUGCGGCGCGCUACAAGACGGCGGGCCUGAGCACCGGCCACUCCUACUCGGUGCUGAUGGUGCGCCAGUUUGUCAUUCCGCGAGUGAAGCUGCUGAAGAUACGCAACCCGUGGGGAAGCGGUGACGAGUGGACCGGCGCAUGGGGCAAGAACAGCACCGGGUGGCAGAAGCACUCCUUGGUGCGCCGGUCGUGCAAGCCGAGCAAGGUGAGCGAUGGCACUUUCUGGAUGGAGUGGAGGGACGCGGUGCAGUUCUUUGAGGGUGGCGGGGUCUGCAUGGUGAAGAAGGCCUGGUACCAGUAUCGCUUCCCGGGCCAGUUCAUUGGCAUAAUCCCGUCCGUCGUGCUAAAGAUCGAACUCAGGAAGAAGCAGAAACUACUCUUCACCCUGUCACAGAAGGACCGCCGCCUGCAGAACCCCGACGACCCGGAUCAGCUGUACAAGGGGCUGCUUAUCUCCGUCACGGGGCACAACGCGCAGAAGGGCACGCAGCAGAUUGUGGCCCUCAGCACCGAUAACCCCGAGGUGCAUCCACCAGAGAAGUACGAGUACAUUGUUGCCCGCGACGUUGGCCUCGAGCUCGAGCUCGACCCCACAAAAGGCCCCUUCUACGUCAUUCCGCGCAUCAUGACGACGAACCAAAACGGCCCGAAGGACUUCACACUGGGCAUGCUGGCACCCAACAAGUCAACCGCAAGAGGACUGCGGGUGUCUUUUGUACACCUGCCCGACACGUGCCCGACGUUCCGCAACGUGGUGUCAUUCCCAAUGAACGGGGAGGCGGCGACACAUGUGCGAUCUCAGUACAAGAAGCGCGGCGGUGCGCCCCGCGUAAAGGCGGGCAUCACCGUCUUUGACGCCACCCACGUGACGGAGACGUACCUCCACCCCCAAUAA